AUGGCAUCAAUUGGAAAGGGCAGGUUAGAAAUGAUGUUAGGAUUUGUAACGGACAAAGAGUUCUUAAGUCCAACGCUGAAAAAUGUUCUUGCCUCCCUCACUCCAGCACGUGAAAAGCUUGCAACAAUUAUUGCAUCUUCGGAAUCAGCGGUUAAAAAGCGCAUCAGCUUCGACAAUCAACAAUCCUCCACCUCAGGAAGCAUCAUCCCAUUUACCCAGAUUCUUGAAUCAUCCACCCAACAAACUCAUCAAACCAAUAGAUUGAUUGAGAAAUAUAUGAAUGAAGGUUGCAAAUUUGGGUUUAAUGUAGGUGUCACCGUCGAUGCGUCCAUAAUUGAAUUUCGUGGGCACAAGAGGAUUAACCUCAAGGCUAAUUAA